AUGGUGGGACUACAUCAAGAACAAGCGGUUAUGCUGGUUAGUCUAAAAAUAUGAAUAUUAGUAUAAUUAGAUUUUACAGCUGUACGUACUUCAUAGGAGAUUUGUCUGUCGAACCAGAUCAAGUUCGAUCGUAGAAUUUUGUAGUGUCUGAGAGUCUCAGAUCUCAAGAAAUCGAGGUUAAAUGUCAGGUAACAUGACUACCGCAAGACAAUCGUCAUUUCAUUCGAUUUGACAAGUAAGCUUACACGCUAGUAUUGAAUGCCCAUCGGAGUUGAAUGCUUCUAUAACUUUGUUUCCGGCAUCUUUAUCACCUGCUUUACUUUUAUCGAUCGCUACUGCACUCGCUUUUCUUUCUUACUUAAAAGACAAUUCAGUUGUAAAACGGGUCCCAACUUCUACAUUUCAACAAAAAUUCACUCGGUAGUUCUAGUCGAUUUUCAAUAGCGUAGAGUGGUUUAUUUGUUACUCCUAGGAUAUUCUGUCAUCUACGAUAUUGCCAAAGAAUUAAUUUUUCAAUUUUUGUUUUUUCAACAUAGCUAAUCUUACUGAAAGUAACUUUUUUGUUUUUGUUUUUUCCCUCGGCUAUCUUUGAAUGAUGUGUACGGUUUCAGCCUUUAAGUUUAAGGGUUGAACCCUCGCAUGCUCGCACAUGCCUUGUUUCAGCACUUUGUUGUGUCUGCAACAGCAUGGUAAAGAAAAUGUUAAUAUAUUUGCCUGAAUAAGCAAAGGACAAAAAAUUCCAUGCAGUAAUAAUUACAUUUCAAAUGCCUGCAGCCAAUACUCCAUGAAUCAGUCAAUUUCCACUCCCACUAUCUGACACAUAAUCACAGUCUUCUGAUGGCAAGAUAUAUUGGGUUGCCAGACAACUUUUUAGUUUACAGCUCAUAAAUGUAAGUCAGUUUAUAACACUCGUGUAUGCAAGGGUUCAUAAGUUAAUGGUUAUAAUUUGAUUAACUACACCGAAUUGCAGCAAAAACCAGAGAUAACAUUUAACUCUGGACAGAUUUACAUCAUUAUUAUUGAUGAACAUGUCUCUCUAGCAUGUGCCAGGCAUUUGGAUAGUGGAGUGUGGCACGAAGAAAGAGAGCGAGAAAAAAUAAGGAGGAAGAGAGGGAGGGGGAGAGAGGAGGGAAAAAGUUGUCAAUCAAGCAACGGGCGACGAACCUUGCUGUUAACUGAAUUAUUUCUGAAAAAAUAUGUAUGUAUUCAGAAAAAAAAUCUUUUAUAUUUGUUUUCAGCUAACGAAUAUAUCCCUUACCUCUAAAAAUGGAAGAACUGGCAAGCAACACCCGUUCCACUUUCUCUGCCGGUGGUAUUCACUCAGCAGAUCAUAUGCUAGCUGCUGUUGGGUGUACCGGAACGAGCUUGUAUUAAAAAAGUACUACAGGCAUUCCCUCGCUCUCACCCCCUACCCCACCCCCUCUCUGUUUUUUUGAUUCUGCUCACAUCUCUUUGCAUCUUACGUCUCUCUCACAAAACGUCUCCAGCAGAUCAGGGUUUUCAGAAAGUUUUGGAGUAGAUGGUCAAGUUGUCAAACUAAGGGGCCAGUCCAGGGAUAUUUUAUUUAAAAAAUGCCAUCCAUAAAGAAAUGCCAAGCAGGGUAGUCAGCCAAUACUUUAACCAAGAAGGCGGGAUUUUUCCCAACAGCCGGCUACUUUUGACAAUUCUGCAGAUGGUGGGAAUGUUUACAGACCUGCCUACAGUUACACCAACCAGCUUAUUUUUUUAUCAACAUUGAUCUGAGUCCCUGGGAUGUAAAAUAGUCCAACAAUCAUUUUCAAUCAGAUUGUUUAUGUUUUUAUUGAUUACACAAGAAACAUCUGGUUUAGCAAAGACAGACUCCUAAGUGAGAAAAUAAUAAGUAAACAGAUUACAAAGAAAAUCACAAGUACCAUUAAGAUGGCUGACGAAAAGUUUGGAAAUGCUUAUUUGUUCACUUUUGAGAAGUUUGAACUUGAUUUUUUAAAGGAAAACAGAGGUUCUUUAUAUUUUUGUUUGAUAAUAAUCAAACAUGAGGCAUAACAUUGCAUGAAGGAUGGGGGGGGGCUCCAUUUUGCCUUUUCGACAAUGGUAAAAUAUCAGAAAGGCCAUUUGGAGCAAAGUGUCUCAACUAAUUUUGUUGCCAAUACCGCCUAGGGUGGACUUUAUCAAUUAGCACAAUCUGAAGAGGUUCUAACUAGAUUUUAAAACUGGAUGGCUUCAAGAUUUCAUAGAAACAAUUUUUAGUUUCUGAAGAGCUUAUUUUUAUUUGAAAAUUUUUUUGCCCUAUCGCAUGAUGAAUAAGUGUAAUGAAAAUACUCACUAACAGUGCGGCCAACAUUUAACUGAGCUGUUGAAAAUCCCAAGGCACGUUAAAGUACUUAUUCAAACCUCUGAGGUAGCAACGUAAAGUGUAAAGUUUGAUUCCGCCAGUAAGAAUUAAUUGUGCUGUUGCAAAUGAUUUUGUCAGAGUCUGCUCGGAGGUAGCCUGCUCUGCAGAUGUAAUCAAACCCCAGUUUGUAAGGUCUGUGAAAAAGACUCAGAGUCCUUGUUCUACGCCCCCACCAGUGUACCAGGAUCUGAGUAAGCAUCAUGAUUGGCCUGUUAAAGAAGCCAUUGUUGAUUUGCCAAUCAGCUGGAAAGGAAAUUCAAAACCCACUUCCAGUAAUUUUUUGAUUCCCUGGUAGGGGGCUCUGAACAAGGAUCUUGGUGUAGCUUAGCAGACAUAACUAACCCGGGUUUGAUUAUGUGGGGGGAUAGGGGGUACUGUGGAUUUCAAGGGAAGGGAAAAUCAAAGCAUUUUUGUGGGGGUUGCAAAUUCUUGAUUGCAGGAUCGUGUGGGGUUGGAAAAUUUGGCAAAUAUUUAUUUCAGGUACUUUCUGGGUUGUGAUUUUUUUGCCCUUAUUCGAUCGUUUCCAUCUCUUAAAAUCCAGAUUAACCCCUUCCCCCAGGUAAAACCGUUUUAGGCUGUGAUCUGGGGACAUCGUCAGCUGUAGCGGUUAUGGGAACUUUUGAGGGCAAAGAAAAGUCAUAACUUUGAAAUCAGCCGCACCAUUGAGUUUUCAAUCGAAAAUUCGGUAGCUCGAAUGGAGAGUAAAUGGAAAUUCAUUUUGAAUUAGUUUUCUUAAAACAUAAAAUGGAAAAGCAAAAAUUUUUGUUUUGAUUCUUCAAGUAGUGAUCGGUGGAAUUUCAGAUCACUUUUUCUAAUCUUCCAGGGAGCGAGGACGGCAUUUCUUAGAAACAGGCUGGAGUGUAAGGCGGUUGAUUUCCAAUGGUUAGAUCUGGUCGGUCGGGUUAUUAUUUUGAUAAUGGCGUUUUUGAGAAAUUUCGCUAAAAGUGUGGGUCCUGUGAAACCAGUCACCGAAGCCUGCGAAGCUGGCGGAAUUGUUCGUCCUCGCGAGGGAGGUUUUUGGCGGCGAAGCCAGUUGCGUAGGCUACGGUCACCGCCCUGCAUUCUUGUCAGGAGCACAAUGGAACGAACUAGUCUGGUCAGAGCGUCUGACUGACUCACUGACUGACUGGUGAACCCUUGUGAAAGGAAAGAGCGAGCGCGAAAGAUGUGAUGUGUUUAGAAAAAUGGAGGUAUUCAGAGCUGUCCUGAGAGCUGUCAGAGCCUAUGACUUCAAUAUGACUCGUGAGCUUCCGGAUUUGUUCGAAAACGCAGUACUGUGGACAGCGGCGGCGUGCCGCGUGUCGCGUCCCGCCAAAACAUGCCAAAAGAUACCGAAAAAGAGACCGCUAAGUGCUGAAAGUUACCGAAGACAAGACUGAAGAAAAUAUGCUGAUAGUCGCGGCGAUCCAAACAGAAGCUCUGUUGCCCAGACGAAAACGAGGAUGUCGAAGAUUCGCAAAGUCAUGUUCUUAAAGUGGUAGAAAAUUCCCAAUUUUUUCUGAUUUUGAUAAUACCAAAUUUACUUGUUUCUAUGAUCCGUUGAUAGGGAAACGAAAACACGUACUUAAGAAAAUCGUGAACGGAUACGUUUUCAUCCUCUUCGUGAGGAUGGUGUGUUUGCCGCGCGAGAACCAGCACGCGCGAUGAACACGCGUGCGCUUGCGUGUGGUCUUGUUGCAUUUUUAGGAAGAAUUUAUUUUUCCCCUCUAAAUUUUUGCCGAAAAAAAUUUGGAAAUCCAUUUACCUGUGAGUGCCUUUUCGAUGUUGGCGAAAAGAUUUCUGAAAGAUAUUAGCUGUACAUUGUAAAACUGCGCCCAUUUUUUUUUUUUUUGCUCGGUUCUUUUUCUGUCCUUUUUUUGCCUUUUCAUUAAUACCGCCACUUCGAGUCGGAACAGGCAGCCUCCUUUUCUUUUCAAAAAUUAACAAUUUGAAUCGCAAUUCAUGAAUAUAUCAACGAACUACUUGUCCUUGUUCAGUCAAGUUCAAGCGAAAGUUCAGCCGUUCAGCAGUUUUGUUUUUUAGGUUAGGAGAUUAUCUCCGCAUUGGGUAAACGUGUCGAAACAUUUACCACUUUUCGCAGGUGAGUAGCGACCAGCGGGAAGCCUUUGUAGCAGAUCGUCGGUUUCUUCUUUUCUUUUUUUUUUCUAAUUCUUCAUUUGAGGCGGCGUCGCGUCGAUUCGCUUCUCUGAGUUGAUCAGACACAGCCGCCGUUUUUUGAAGUACUGUGGCACAUCAUUGUGUUUUAUUUCAUAGACUGCUCGUACCAGGUCAAUUAUAAUUAGCAUAGCUUACGACUGCUUUGGCAGCACGGAGUUUACGUAGCGAUGGCGUUGCUCUUUAUAAAGGAAGACUAUGGAAGCAUGAAACCUUGCAAGGUAACAUUAAUUCCCUAAAUGUUUUACUUCAAUGGAACAAUUUCAAACAACGCUGAAAAAAAUCCCGGGUGAAGGUUACAUCGCAGAUUUUUUAACGUGUAACAAUGACCUUAGCGAGCGCAUGCUGCAACAUCCGUUGUAUCUCCUGGUUUUCGUGCUUGUUUUUUAGUCUUGUUAUUUUUACAUGACAGUUUUUCUUACAAACUUGGCAGAUGGAUAAUUUAAGACAGUGCCUAACAAGUCAUUUAUGGUCUGCAUUUUCUGUACUGUUAACUUGAAACAUUUUUUGUGGAAGAAUUCUAGUUAUCGUAUAAAUUGUUUCCGUGGCACGCGGCCCAAUAAUUGUUUUAUGUUACCUCUUCUAAGCUGUUCUUUAACGGUGAACUUUCGUUGUGAAACAACUUCAAGAAUGCUUUUGAAAUUGUUUUCGACAUCUUGUAUGCGACCAUUUGGCCUUCUUUAUGAAUUUCGAAAUUCCAUGUUUUUGCUGCUCGGUCAUUAUUACGAAAGGGUGCAUUUGAAUAUAACGGAAAUUUUAUUUCGUCAAAUAUCGGACACUUCUCUAAUGGAAACUGUUGCGUCAGACUUAUUUGUUAACAUAGCCUUCUAAUUCCCAACUACAUUAAGAAGAAAAUUUGUUUUCAUAAUUCAUGAAAAUCUCGACAGUGUUUGUCCCAGCAUUUUAAUGCUAGACAGAUGACUGAAUACUUCAUUCUCUGCCAGACUUGAUUUAUAUUUUGCUUUGGUGUGGACCGCUUAAGAUAUCUUUCGCUUUAUAUUAUGAUUGUAUUGAAUAAGAGCUUUUUGAUGUCAAUAGUCAAUGGGAAGGGAAUAAAACAGAUCUAUAAAUGACAGAUAAUUCGACUUGAGCUAGAUGACCUCUCCUAUCGCCUUGAAAUCCACCUGCCCGCUUUUACAGUUUGCACGUGCGAAGCGAGAAAUUGUCUUGAAUAGGUUUAAAUUAACAUCAUUUGUCUUGUUUGUAAAAUGAUCUUGCUGGAAAGAAAAACAAAAGAUCCUUUAAAGGUCGCUUUUUCGACGUUUCCAAUAUAGCUUUAGAUUGCGAUCCGUUUUAUUUGUUUUUCAACCUGUCUUGUAGAGGCUUUGGUUCACAUUUCCUCCUCGGCCUUAAAAAACAAAACGUCUAUACCCCACGUCAGGGAAUUAGUAAAAAUCGUUUUAAUGAAAUUAAAACUCGCUUUUUUAAUUCCUCAGAAUGAAAAUGCUCAGUCUCCCAUCUGUGCUAAAGUCUUGGUAGUUUUUUCUCCCUCUAAUGUAGCAUCUUGAAACAAAGAAAUGUUAUCUAGCAUAUUCUCCUCUCAUUUUCUUUUUUCAUAUUUGAAACUUAACCCUUCUCUGCCUUUAUAUGUAAGUUAGCCAUCUUUUUUCAAUCGCUAUUAAAAUCUAUCUUGAUAUGAAGUGCUAUUUAUAUAUCGCAAUAAUGUUUUACAUUGCUAUAUGAUUGGCUGUAUUAUAUUAAUUGAGAAAAAAAAAAAACUUUUUGGCCCUACUAGAAUUUUCUUUCAAACUUUCGAUAUUGUCCGUAAUCCGCGUUUCAGGGCCUUUUAAGAAUCAUCCAAACACAGACCUCUUUCUCGAAUUAUUCAGUUUACAUUAGAAAAGCCUUUUGGUAAAUGCUGUGAGUAAUUUAGCGUACCUUGUUAAAAUUACUAUAAUGAUCUCUAUGUAUUUUGAAAUGCAGUUUUAUAUUUGUCCAGAUUUGAAUUUGUAUAGACUCGUUGUAGAGUUAAUGUUUUCAAACUUCUGGUGACGUUUUUGUGUAUUGUCACUGUUUCCUGCGAGUUUGGACAAUUUAUUCUCACCUCCUAGCGCAUAUGUGAUCAUUAUUUUAAUUUAAAGUACGUUUCAGUGUCCUGAUCUAAUCAAUAAUUCAUCAGCCUAAACCUUUCAGUUCUAACAAUUGUCCAGAAACUAAAACAGCGCAUUAAAUACCGUUAUUUCCGGUGGCGAAACAUAUUACGACUCAAUUGACACCAUCUUUAUACGUUUGAAGACUUACUGUACCUUCUUAGAAAGUGAAUCUCCAAAACAGAAAAACACUGACAGCUUAAUUCUUAAAACAGAGCGGAAAACGUUAACACACCUUUGGUAUAAAACGAUAGUUAUAAUGUAAGCGAAUCAGUUUGUCUCAUCCACAUGAGUUAAUCGAAAAUCGAGUUCGCCUUGUUUGCGUUUUCAAAUUUCUGUUGUUUAAUCGCAAAUGUAAACUGUAGUAACGCCAUUUAACUGAAAACUUGAAAUAUUUUUAGCAAAUGCUCGUGACCCACGCCUUUUAUUUACCUCCCAGAAAAUUCCAGCGAUUCAUCGCUUUUGUUUUGAGAGCUGUUGGGUACAGGAAAAUGCAAAUUGCACUGAACACCCUUUAUUUCUGCCUGUUGUUUCAAAAUACCAGAAAUGGUUGCUUCAGCACAACAAAAGUUAAGUGCACUAAAACAAGCGAUAACAAAAGUGUAAGAAAUAUUAACGAAAGACUUAACCUUCCGUUCUUGACAAGGAUUCUUAUUUCUUUAUAUUACCCUAGCAGUAUUUCAUCCGAUGACAACACUGGCUUCCUCGAAAAGGAGAACAGGUUUUCGCGACAAUAUAAAUUCACGAGAAAAAAGGAUUUGCGAAAUGCUUGUCAACGAAUAAAUGCUUGUUUCUGUUUUCUUUACUAGGCAUAUUGUCAUUUUUAACGUUUUCUUGGUAAUGUAAUGUGCUUGAGAUACAGAAAGUAAAGGCGACUUAUUGUAUAAUAAAGCUUUGGUAAAAGUUUGGAUUUUCGGCAAUCUCAUGCAGCCUGUCCUAAACAUAUUUUAUGAACUACCUCCCGGGUUUGAAAGUUUGAGCCAAAACCGAGUGCGGAAAGUCGUGUUUACCGUUUGACAAUUUUUCUUCCGUUUUUGUGAAGAAAAAGAAAACGAACUUUUAUGUAUGAUUUCAGUUGUUAAUUUCCUCAAAAGCAUAGAUUUUGCAAUUUUUGUAGCGGCGAUUUUUGUGGGCGUCUUAAAUUUUUGCUGUUGGUUCAGCUCGAUAUUUUUAACUUGGCCCGUUUUUCCCUCAAGAGACAAAACGCUUUGAAAGUGCGUGUUGUGAUUAAAAAACAACGCAACUAAUGCAUUGAUCGCUGUGGCUGGUUUCAACACAUUCAAACACAACUUCAAUUUGAAAAUAAUACACAGAACUUUAAAUGUGCGUGAAAUUUUCUUGAGUGAGAAUCAAUUUAUAGUUCGGAAGCUGAACACAUAUCCAGCAAGUAGUAAAACUUAAAAUCUGCUUUUCGUGUCAUAGCGUUCUUCGUCCAUGUUUGGGACGAGUCAAAGACUGAGUGUGUAAAACGUGCAUCACUUUAGCAAUAUUUGCCCAUUUCAAAAGCAACGUCCAGUGAUCAAUAGAAGACAAAAGGAGGCAACAUUUUGUAUGUUAUAUCGAUUUCCCUGAGGAGCUCUGCUCCUCCCACUUAAUCCAUUUGACCAAUCACAGCCCGGGAUCGCUUAUUAUUAUGUCAUGUUAUAUUGGCCUAUUUGAAACCUGCGAGACUUCGAACAAUUUUGAGUCUUGCGGGUGGUUUGGUCAGCUCCACAACCGAGUUAAAUACCAUCACCUUCUUCCCGACCUCAUUGUGCCCGAGCUUACUGUGCUUUCAUUUCGCCAGAUGACCACUGCUUGCGAGGAAAAAUCUACGGCGACUUUUACUCGCGAAGUUGGUGACCAGUCCUCGGUAAGUAUUCGCGUUUUGGAUCAGUGCCUUGGUCUAACUUAUUACAGUAACGUAGUUUGGGUAGAAUUUUUUGUGUACUCGCUAACCUGUUAGAUGAGAAAUUGUUUGUUUAUCUUGAUGGAUAAAGGCAAACGUUUGCUGGAUGAAGGAGUAAUUUGGACAAAAGUGUGAUCUCAUAUUUUUUAAAUCUCUUAGAUGAAUAUGAAGUUCUCUAGGAAGUUGAUUAAAACCUUGCUUCCUUUCUCUGAAUCAAUUUAACUAUGUUAAUGUUGUUCUCUAGAGUCAAUGGCCGCCUCGCGCGCGAAUCUUGCGAAAAGACUCCGUACGGGUAACAACCAGCUGAUUAAUUAUGUGCCUCCACAUGAAACGCAUUUCAUAGUGGCUGAUACAAUUUUAACCUUGAUUUUCUGUUAUUAGGCACACGGAGAGCAGUGCGCAGGCUGUAAAGGUCGAAUCAUGGACAGAUACUUAGUAAAAGUGAGCGGUAAAACCUGGCAUACCAGUUGCCUUAAAUGUUGCAUGUGUGGUCUUGAACUCGGGAAAGAAGCAACAUGUUACACAAAGGAGGACAAGAUCUACUGCAAAACAGAUUACGCGAGGUUUGUUCAGUUAUUUGUUUGUUUGCAUGAUCAUAUAUUAUGCUUCUAGCUUCGUGGAUGGUUAGGCGAUCUUUGCAAGAUUUUAGCUACCGUAUGAGAUAUAUAGUUCACACGACAGCUUGGCGCUACUAUACAUCACGAAAGGCGUCGUACCUUUUUUAUCGUUCGAAUACACAAAACAAGCGCGAAGGCUUCAUUCACUUAUAGAAGUGAUAUUUAGGGGUUGUAUUCUGACUCAUAAUUAUUCGUAGUGGUGUUUUAACCAUGUUCGAUAGAUAAUAUAUCCGGCUUUCGUUGAAAUUUUUUUUGGUCAAACUCGUUCCAACGUUAAGGUAAACAGUCAUUUAAAUUUAGUGUCUUGAGCAGAAAUUUGCAGGUUUACAAACCUUUUUUUAUUUGUUAUACUGAUGUUUCCAUUAGGAAGCGAGUGAGAAUUAGUCUCACCAACCUAUUUUAUGCUGGACGGUAUUAAAGACCAUUAAACCGUAUAUGCUUGGAGAUUGUUGAAAUUAGCAUAUUCCAGUUUUCUCUUUACAUUGAAAAUAUAGAGAUGCUUUAUAGAGUAAAUGUCUUCAAUUCCCCUCUCACGACUUGAAAAAUUAGUGCGGUAAGCAAGCUCUCUGUCGAAGUUUGAAAAUAUAUAAUCUCAUUGUGUUUUAUUUAUCAUUAUUUGCUUUCUUUGAGUAUUUAUUUUCAAGGUGAGACGGUGUAGUUCAUUUGUUUCGAUCUUCCUUGACCGUUAAACAAUCAGACGCCCGAAACGUAACAAAGGUUUUUGCUGUGAGGUUUAAAAACCGAAGCUUCGGGCAAGAGGACUGAAUAUGGGGCAGAUUGUGUUAACUAUACCACAAAAGCUAUUUUUUAUGCAGUCAACAGCUAAAACGUUAAUCCUUUGACACGCCAUCCCUAACAAUAUCAGUUUUUUAAGUGUGCUUUUGAGUUGCCAAACAGAAAACUAAGCCUGUUUUCCUAUAUGUCAUUCCUCAGACAUUUUAGUUCACUUUGGAGUUUCAUAUAGGCGUCAGAAAAAAGUACCAUGCGAUUUGCGAGUCAGAAUGCGCGGAUCGAAGCUUCCUUUCUGUUGUGGACAGAGCGACCAUCAAUAGAGACAGAGUGACUGCAUUUGUGAAUAUCUCUGAUCCAUUUUAUGGCUUUCACCAAGGACGAUAAAGUUGUAAUUGUUUUUUUUUUUUUCGUCUGUGCGCCCUUCUUUUUAUUGUCUUUAUUUUCCUGUUUCCUGUACAUCAAUUGCGGUAUUUCUUAGCCAAAAUUUUUAGUUAGUGUUGUUUAAUUUCAACUUUGCGAUCUUUGAAUUUCCUGGCAUAGACAAGAAAGGUGGCGACGUAGAAAGCCACCUGUCUUGGACGUGUGAAUGUAAACAUAGCGAACUGUGUUUAAAAUGCAAACUGGUAAAUUAUUUUUGUCGCCUAGCCAGCAAAUUUAUGGGUAGCAUUGUGUCCAAAAAUGGGCGAUUUACCAGUUGCAAUAUAUAGGAAAAUAGUAAGCUUCCCUUGAAAAAAAUUUCCGUAUGAUUUUAAACUCAAAUGAAUGAAAAUGAAGAGCGGAUAUUUUAUUUACUGGAAGUACAAAAUGAGGUCCCAUUAUCGCAACGAAUAUUUAUUCAGAAUUAAAAGUCAUCUAGACAAUCUCGUAUAACAUUUUGCUUACUUAUAAUUGUCUCAAUAUGGGAAAAAAACUUUCAGCCGCCAUUCCGUAGAAGAAAAUUUUAUUUUCCUUUUUAUUCGUACAAUUUCCUCUUAAUUUUACGUGCAGAUUUUCCAGUUAGUAUGCCGGGGUAGGAUAUUGAAAAAAUAAUGAUAAUAAUAAAACAAUAACAAAAAAUAUAUAAUUGAAAUUCGGUAGCUUAACUUCUUCGAAAAGUGACCUAAGCCGGCACUGAAUGUUAAAUAGAAGUGUUUACCGCCAAAGCACUUGCAUCUUCUGUUUUUUUUUAUGAGUGAGUUUGAUUUGGUCAAACUUCGCUCGAUGUAUUCUACUUACGGAGAAAAAAGUGAUGAAUCUAACCGAAGUGGUUUUAACGGUAAUCUGUCGUCCCUGGCGAUCGAAUAGUGUCUAUGAAUUUGUUUUUGUCACUUUUGGUAAUUGCGUUUAAUUUUGAUAGUAUAUUUACGCAAAUCUUCCGUUUAAUAACGCGCUUUUCUUCGUAAGUUAUCAGCGUUCAAGCUGUUAUUAUGCGCUUUCGUGUGUCUUGAUUCACUUGUGUUCUUGAGGCAAGUUCUCAAGAGCUUUUUUCUUGGUGUUUUGACGGAGCUUUUUUUUUCGUUUAGAUGUUAUAGAAAUUAUAUGCAAGUGCGCUGAGGGAUCUUGUAUUCCUUUUUUAAGCGAGUGUUGUUUGUGCUUUUUUUUGGUCUUUGUCUGUUUCUGUUAAGUAGCGAUCUUCAGAGGCAAUUACCAAAAGUCAGAACAAGGUAGUCAGACCGGUCACCUUGAAAAUAAGAUAGGCUUUCGGAGAGUUUUCGCCAAAAACCAUCUGCGCUGUACAUGGUAUUUACUGAUCUGAGUUAUGGUUAUUUUCUUUACGAAUGGGCUGGUCUGGCCGGCGGACCAGUUCUGACAGAUGGUAAGCGCCCUCACUUUAUGCAUGAUUCUACCAUUAUUGAGCCUGGCGUUCUUUAUUUCUGUGACAAAGCGUGUUUUACGCGCCAUCUCUCCGUUCACCGCCAUGUGGCUUCUAAAUCAGAGUACAUAAACCAUGUUGUUAUUUAUCUCCUCACAGACAGUAUGGUACUAAAUGUGCGCGAUGUGCUCGAAGCAUCCACGCGAACGACUGGGUACGACGCGCGCGAAGCAGUGUGUAUCACCUUGCGUGUUUCGCGUGCGACGCGUGUAAACGCCAGCUUUCUACUGGUGAGGAGUUUGCGCUUAAAGAAGGACAUGUUCUCUGUAAAUUACACUACAUGGAGAGUUUAGAGGUGUUCCUGCCCGACAACUCCUCUCAGGAAGGUAGGAGGAUUUCAAUUCUUAUCUUGUAUACUGGCCGAGAAUGUUUCAUGAGUAAUUCGCAAUCAAUUUUUGUUCGAAGUUGUGCCAAUCUAGUGAAACCAAACAGGUGAAGCUGCUAAACAGUACUUUUACUUGGUGCUGUAUUUUUAUGCGGCACAAGGGGUUUCAGUCCAGCUCGGUGCCUUAACGAAAUCCUAAAGUGAGUAUGCCAAAUGGCCAUUCGAAUAAAAGUUGCUGAGCAGCGUUUUCCUGUGGUGCUCAUUAUUAAUAAGGUGCACAAAGUGGAAUCUGAACAAAUUCUUAAAAUGUAAAAGGAGUGCUUCUCCUCCGGUACUGUGUGCUCAAAUUUGCUAGAACAAGGCAGUUGUCGACUUGCCACAUGUUUUCCAUCGCUUGACUAUUUUGUAUAAACUGGAUUUCUUGCCUGAUCCCUUGGCCAUCGGCAAGAAAGCAGGAAAAGUUUCUUUCCUGGCAGGAAAAUCCUUUUUUCCAGAGCGAUCAGAUGGGAUUUUUAUCUAGCCCUGUUCUAUUUUAUGUCUUGUUCACUAGUCAGAGAUCUUUAGAUUCGAGGACGACUACCAGGGCGACAUUAAAUUUUAAGCUUUCUCGCCUGUUCUCUAAAAUAGAAAUUCCGGAAAGCCGCAUUGUACUUUUUUUCACCACCAAAGUUAGCACGCUUAUUUCCGUUGAAGGAGAUUGAGCCCUCCCCCGAUCACUAAAUGAUAAAUUUUCUAACAUUUGAUAACUUGUUUUCGCCACUACGACAUUCUCGCUAAAACUCGUAGUAGACUGACGGCAGCUACUACAUUUUCCCCGCAAAAAUGACGUAGGUUGGCGCGCGUGCACUACUUAGUAUUGAGAAAGCCACUCAAAAGGACAAUCUUGUGCGACGGUUUUUUUUUUUCUUUUAACAGACCUGAAUCCUAAACUACAUAAAAUUAAUUAGGUGUUAAAAAGAUUAAAGAGUCCUGCAUUUUUUUAAUGCAAAAUAAGGAAUGAGUUGUUUGACCUUAUAUGAUUUAAUUCACUGUAAGUCGCGCAAAUGUUAGAACCACCUUGCAGAGCAUCAUGAAAAAAAUGUCUAGCAGGAAAGUACUAAUAGGUGGCUUCAUUUGAGUUUUCACGAUUUUAAGAUGCACCAUAAUGGCAUCGGAAGUUAGAACCGCCUUGAUCGACGUCAAAAACAGCACGAGAAAGUAGUCAAUAGUACCACAAGAAAGUACCACUCAAGGCUUUUACUAGAAUGGUCAAACUUUGCGGCUACUCGCAUGAAAGUUAGAACUUCCUUGUCUACCACAUCGCUAUAGUGAACAGCUCUGCUUGGUGAGUUUUCUUCAGUUGAGUCGACGCAAUUCGUUCGGGUUUCGUCCACAGUCACAAACGUUAAACUCAAUUCUAAAUAAGAAGUGUCAUUUGAAAGUGUACUCUGCCAGCAGAGCCUUUCUUUCGCUUGCUCGAUUUUGGGGUGAACGGUCGUUUCGCCCACGAAUCGUUUCGCUAACGUCCCAUUCGCUAACGUCUUAACGAAGCGAAACGAGCGCUGCGCAUGUAUAGACCUCGUUCUCUCAGCAAUGGUGAUACAAAUACGUGCAACACGCAUGUAUAUAUCUCGUUAUUUCAGCCACUCAUCAGGCGAAAGCAGUUUGGGAACUGACCCAACACUUACACGAAACGACUUCAGAAGUUAGCGAAGAGGACGUUGGCGAAACGACUGGUGGGCGAAACAACUGUAAACUGUCUAGAAGUUUGGGAUGCGGCGGCCUCAAAGGUUUGACGCGAUUCAGGUAGAGCCUCCCAGCAAUAGGAGGCUCUGUUCACAGGGUGUUGAAAGUGUUGCUGAAGAAGUUUGAUUUGAAAGGUAUUAUGGGAUUUCAUCCACAGACUCAAACAUUAGAACCAUAAAUGGACUCUAGGAGUGCAAGGGCCUGAUCAGGCCCGCGGCUAUAAACAUGGUGAUUGUAUGGUUGAUAGUCCUUCUUUAUGUCCUCUUCCUUAGUUGCCCUUUCUUUCUGCACUCAAAAUGAUGGAGGGAUUGAAGACACGCUACAAGGUGAUUGAUUACGACCUUUUUUCUCACGUAAAAGUUGUCUGGCUAGCGCGCAAGUGCUCUUGGAAGAUUUUGAAAACAAUGAUGUAGGCAUUACUGACCAACAGAAAUUGUUCCUUGAUACUGAAAAAUGUCUCAAGGAAUUUCUAAUCAAACGACUGAAUGUAAGCGCUCUUCAGUCCGUUCAUCGCCAGUCUGUUUAAUCUGGAUGCUCCUGCAGUGUAUUCUCUCUCAGUGAUCUGUAUUACUGAGGUUCGACUGUAAUUUUAUAGGUUCAAUCAUGUUUUCCUAAGUUUGGAGACUUGCUGUAUGUUAAGUGAAUGGUGAACGGAAAAACCGUUAAGGAUGCGUGACCCUUGUACUGAGUUAGACAGCUGAUAGGAAGAUACUCCAACAAAAUAUAAAAAAGUGUCAAAUGUUUUUAAGACACAAUGAAUUUUUCUGAACACUCAAGAAGGGUUAUACGCCCGAAACGUCUGUUUCUUAAAAACAUAUGACACUUUUUGAGAUUUUGUUCGAAUAUCAUCCCAUUUGGUUUAUGGUAGCCUGCGAGCAAGCUCGCGUGAUGAGCACGUGGAGUGAGACACGCGCGUUAUCUCCUGGUUAGGUUCGCUUCGCUUGCCACUUAACAAGGAGAGCUUGCUCACAGGCUUGCUGUAUAAGUGAACCUCACUCCUUGCUUUGUCUGUUGUUGAACGAUCUGAGUAACGAACGAUUUGUUUAUUCUUAGACGCAGACAGCGAAGACUCUCCAUCGAGUGGGGGAAUCAUAAAAUGCAACAAAACAAAACGAGUACGGACCACAUUUACAGAAGAGCAGCUUCAGAUCCUUCAAGCGAAUUUUAACGUGGACUCC